UACCUACCAGUUGCGGGUCAUCAUGACAAACGGCACAGCAACGAGAGCAGCCACGGCAACAAUUUCUUAGUUGACUACCGCUGCUCACGCGCGAUCCUCCUGACAAGCUAAGCGUGUAUAUAUUAACUAGGGCGCCCUCGAUGUAUGAAUUGAUAGUACAUCAGAACAGCUGGUAGCGCAGUGAAGGCGGGGCGCUGCAGGAUGUCAGCUUCCGCCUCUGCGCCCGGCGCUGCACUGGCGAAGCUGCGGACGCCUGCAGUUCUGCUGGCGCAAAAUGGAAAUUCGCUCGCGCUACCGAGCUAUCUGCCGGACGAGGUGGAGACGUCGCGGGCGUCUAUUGUCGCGACGCUGACCAGCACACGGGAAGCCAAGCGGGCCUCUUACGCGGGCGCGUCGGCCGUGGGCCAGACCUGGUAUGAGUCCGACGACGAAGCCGACGACGUGGAUCCAGCCAGCAUGCCCAUCGACACCGUGGACGUCCUGCACCAUCGCCACAGCCGCACACGCCCCAGCCCCAGCGGCACCGUGCGUGCCGGCUCCGCCUCCAGCGUGCGCCACGGAGACGGCCGCUCCACGCCGCCGCACCCCGACCUGCACCGCCGCGGCAGCGGCACUUCUCCCAGCGGCGCCGCCGCCACCGCCGCCGCCGGGGCUGCAGGCGCCGGCGCCGGCAGCCCCGGCGGCAGCAUGCUCAGCCCGCGCGGCCACUCCCACGCCGGGUACGUCCAAGGGCAGAUGCAUCCCCACCCCAACCCCCACCUCGGCGGCAGCGGCACGGGCUACGUGUCGGCGCUCAACGGGCCGGCGUCGGCGUCGGUGCUGGCGGGGCGGCCCGCGUCGGCCUCGCCCAACCGCACCUACAAGUCGAGCAGUGACAUGGCGGCGGUGGUGGCCGGGACGUCGCCACUGGGGCACGCGCUCGCUGGCAGCCCCGGGCAAACGGGUGUGACGGGGCCCCGGCGGCCGCUCAGUGCCAGCGCCACGACCCAGGCACAGUCGCCCAGCGGAGCCGCCGCGGUGGCUGCCGGCGCCGGGCGGGGCGGCGGCGCGCCUCAGGACCUGGUGGCGGCGGUGACGGGGCGCAUGGCGGCGGCGGCGGCGGCGUACGACGCGGAUGACGACAGCCUGGAUGAGGAGGAGCUGGCGUGUGACCUGGACGCGGCGCAGGACACACUGGCUAGGGCGCUGGCAAUGGCGCGAGGCGGGCCCGCAGCCGCCGCCGCAGCCAACAACGCGGUCCAGGCGUUCCGCGAGGAAGAGGGCCGCGGCGCCUCCUCCGCCUCCUCCUCGCGACCUUCAUCGGCGACAGCAGCUGCGCAGCGCGGCAGCGGCCGCAGCGUCGGCGGCGGCGCGGGCGGGCGCAUGCCGUUGCGGGUCGUGGAGGUAGAAAUAACACCAGCGGCGGAGUUUCCGGCUGGCGGCGCCAUGCCGGCAGGGCGGCGGCUAUCGCUCGGCGACUUUCCCGGAGCCGGAGGGGCGGGCGCUGUGGCGGCUAGCUCGGCGGUAUACAGGUCAGGGCGGACCGUCAGCGGCGGCGCGACGACUGGUGGUGCUAGCAGCGGUGGCGUCAGCGGUCGCGGCAUCUUCGACCGAAGUGGGCGCGGCGGCGGCGGUGGCGGCGGCGGUAGUGGUGGUGGCGGGUCCUUGAAUGCAGCUCUGGGGUCUGCGGCGGCAGCAGCGGCGGCGGCGGCGUCCUUUGGAGGGCUGGCGUCUGCCGGCAACAUCAGACACCCCAGUGCCACGGGCGGCAUUGCAGCGGGAGAGCUGUGGUCACCGCAGUCCUGCAGCCCGCUGCCGUCGCGCAGCACCUCGUUGCUUGUGGGCAGCGGCGGUGCCGCCGCCGCGGCGGCUGCGGCUGCGGCUGCCGGCGGCGGGAGAGGCAGCGUGCCUAGCACGCCCUCUUGGUUCGGCAGCUCGCGUGUGGGACCAGCCAGCACGUCGGCGACAACGUUUGGUGGGGAGGCGGCGGCUGCUGGGGGCGGCGGCGGCGGUGUGGGUGUGGAUGUGGAGGCGGCGUCUCCGGCGCUGCGCUUGGCCGGCGGCAUUGGGCGCUAUGCGGCGGCGGGGUCCGUGUCAGAGGAGCAGCCAGCACUGGCGUCAGCGGGUGGCGGCGGUGGCGGUGGUAGCAUAAAGGGGCUGCUCAAAGGCAUCAAGAAGGCCUUUCGGCGCUCGACCGGCGGCGGUAGCGCAGGAAGCGGCGGUGGCGGCGGCGCCGACCGGAAGGCUGGGUCCUUCAGCGGGGUGCCGCCCAGCCCCGGCGGUGCGCUGCCGUCGGCAUACGCCCAGCCGCCCUCGCCACUGCUGGUCCGGCCGGCAGUGGUUGCAGCCGCCGCCGCAGCCGCCGCGACGGCGUCGAGCGGUUACUCGUCUGGCGCUGCCUCGCCGGUGCUCUUGGCGACGGCGCCGCUGCAGGCCCGGCGCCAGACGGCGUCCAUGUCAGCCCUGCCGCCGUCACUCAUGCUGCCGCCGUCGCCGGGUGGCACGCCGCCGUCGCCAGGCGGCACGCCGCCCGCCGCCGGCUUCUCCUCGCCGCAGCCUGCCGACUCGCGCGGGCGCUACCAGCCCACCUUUGGUCACAGCGGAGGUGGCGCAGGCGCGCGGCCGGCGGCGGAUGCCGCGGCGCCCUUCCCGGCCGGUGCCUCCAGUCUCUCGGGCGGUGGCGGCGGGCGAGCGACCUCAGCGGCGGCACGACCACAGCCGCCUCCUGGUGAGGGGACCCAGGCCACACGCGACAUCUCAACCUUCGCAUCGUUCUCCACGUACGGCUCCGACGCCGCCAUCGCCGCCACCGCAGCGGUGGAAGCCGUGGACGGCGCCACAGGGACGGGCACGGGCAUCCCAAACGCCGAGCCUGAGGCCUGGCCGGGCUUCACGGGCCCCGUCUUCAGCACGCGCCGCGUCGCCGGCAGCGGCGGCGGCGCGGGCGCCAGCGGCAUCAGCAGUGUGGGCGCCGGCAGCAACACCAGCUCUGCCGCGCCGUCGCCGCACCACCCGCUCGGCGCGUCCUUGCUCGCGGUGGCGGCGGCGGCCGCCGCCGCCGCAGCAGAGGAGGCCGGUGUCUCCACCUCUGUCUCCGAGAUCUCUGCGGAUGGCAGCGCCGGCGGCUAUGCCGCUGACGUGAGCGACCGCGAGCGCAGCGGCGGUGGCGGCGCUUCUGCCGCCGCCGCCGCGGCCCGCCGCCAGGCCUCCGCCAGCAUGCCCGCCAGCGGCUACGCCAGCAGCUUGGGCAGCGGCGGCCCCAACAGCCCCAUGCCGGCCAGCCCGCCCACGUCGGCGGCGGCGGCGGGCGGCGCGGGCGCGGGGGCCAUGUCUCCGUCCACACGGCGGCGGCACACGGCCCUGGCGGCGGGGCACGGCGGCGCCGCCAGUGACCUGCAGGUCACGGCGCAUGUGCAAGCCUUCCUGCAAGCCCGACAACAGCAACAGCAGCGGUUAGGGUCUCCUGCCACCGCCGCCGGUCCCUCGUCCGCCGCCGCCGCCGCGCACUCCGGCACGGCACCCACCUCUGGCGGAGGUGGCUCCGGGGCCGCUAGCAGCGGCGGUGGCGGUGGCGGUGCCGCCGCUGCCCCCGCCGCCGACAAUGCUGCCUCAUCUGGGGCCUCCCUGUCCGGGGUUGCUGGUGGGUAUGGGACCAGUGGCGUUGGGGAGCGCCCCGGCGUGGCGCUCCGGUCACCUCCGGGGCCAGGCGGCGCAUCAGUCGGCGUGGUGUCGGCCGCAGCUGCGCGAGCCACUCUGGACACUGCGUCAAGGGCACCGGCGCCACCAGCAGACCCUCUCACUCGCGCGUCUGUGAUCACUGCUGCCCUAGGCGCAGUGGGCAGCGGGGCGCAGUCGCCACACUCGCCGCACUCGCCGCACUCGCCACUGUCGCCCCCGGCGGGACGCAGCCGCAGCCACGUGCUCGUGAGCCCCAGCGGUGCAAGCCCGCUUGCAAACGCCGCAGCGGAAAGCAUCAGCGUGAGCGGGGCUGGGGGUGGUGGUGGUGGUGGUGGCGGGGGUGCGGCCCACGCGGCGGCUGGUGUGCCGGUGGCUCUGGUGCCGCCGCCGCCGCCGCUGUCGCCGCCUCUGCCCAGCCGUAGGAUAGGCAGCGGACUAGGCAUGGCAGCGGUGAACAGCCGGAGCAAUGAGGGCAGCCCCAGCGGCGGUGCGGCGGGCGCAGCCGCCGCAGCCGGUGGCGGUCUUACAGCUGCCGCCAGCACGGCUGCGUACUCGGGACCGGCGGUGAGCCCUCCCAAGCCACCGCAGGUGUCGCUUCCUCCACAGCCGCCGGCGCAUGGCAGUGGGAGUGGCCUCGGCGGCCUCGGCGGCGCGGCGCCAGGCUCUAGACCGCCGUCCGGGGGUCGGUAGUGGUGCUGCGUGCGCGCCACUGACUUAGCGGGGCUGCCGCGCCGCCACGUCGGGGCGGGGCGGGGCGCAGACAUGUGUGUAUGAGGGUACGGCGGCCAAGUCGCAAUCAUAAGGUGUACGAGUGGCGAAGUACUUGAAAAGGUGUAUGUCCACGGUGUGUGUCUGGGCGGCUGCAUUGUUCUGUGUGCGCGGUUGUGUUGAGCACUGUACCUGCAGAGGAGCCUUUGCUGUGUCGGUGCGCUAGCUGCGAUCGACCCACGUCGAGCAGGUUUGGUCUUGAGAGUAGUUAGCUGCGACUACGAUUUGUGCUAUCGAUGAGCUACCACCACCUGACGUGCUUUCAAUGCAGUGCAGCUCUUAUGGUGUUCAAAGUGACGGGUUGACUUUCACCUUGCGUAUCAUGAGACUGUACGGCGCCUGUUGCGAAGGAUGCUGGACAUUGCAUCUUAGCACAUGCAAACUGACGCUCAACACUGCGGUACGAUCCCGCCUACAUCGAUGCAGGCAUUGGGGCCGUACAAUAAGUUGGGUUGAGCUGCUCGCCUCACCCGCGUGAUUCCAUGAUGCUUCGUAAAUCGUUUCUCAUUCCCUUAAUUAUUGCUGCUGCUGCAAAAACUUGCUAAAGAGACCUGGGGUGGCGUGAGGCAGCUCAAUGCUGUGUUGACAUUUCGGCGUCCAGUGGGUUUCAGGUGAAGGCAUUCCAAGCCGAGUGGGCGAACUCAAUUGUGUGGGCAUGGCAGGGUUUCAAGUGCAUGGAAUCGUUGCGCGAGCACGGAGUGACACCAGCAGCUGUUUCUACUGACAGAUGGCCGUUCGCACACGGCGGCGUGCUGCAUGCCGGCUUAGUGGCAUGGGGUGGUCACUGUCGUGAUCAUAUCGGCGCGUCCCUAAUGAUAAAGCCUCAGGCAGAGGGUCUGAUCGCAGUUUAGGCUUACGGCGGCAGCCGGUGCAUGUGAACUCUGCGGCACUGGGUUGGGUACGGCUGCGCGCGCCUUGGUCACUUGGUCAGGUAGUUCAUGGCUUCUUGCCCAAUAAGCGGCAUCAAUCUGGCAGCUCGGCGGUUGCUGUUUGUCCUGGAAGUGCAUGGACAUGGGGAACUAGCUGCGGGAAUGCACGGUGGGCUUGCGCUGGGCUCUGCUGAGUGCAGGGCGUGGAGGGUUGUGUGGGGUGUAGUGCGUGUGUGUGUGUGUGGGGAGGGGACCUGCCUGGCUGGUGUCACGCGCUGGCAAGUGACCUGACAUGGCGCGUUGCACGUGGGGAAAGCGUCAGCGCGUAGGAUCGCGUGACACUGGAGUUCUUUCCAUCAAACCUGCCGCCAUCUGUGCCCUCUGUUCCUGGCCCACAUCUGGAGCCCCUAGCCCCAGUACAGUCUCGCAUGAAGGCAUCGGGGGGUGGGGUGCGGUGCCGCUGUGGAGGGACGCUGUGGCGGGUGGCGCUGUGCGGAUGAGGUGUGUGGACUACGGGGCGGGACACUGCGUGGCCAGGCGUGGCAGGCGAUCCCUGCACGACUGAAAAGCAUUGCCUUGGCAGGGGCAGCCUGUGUGCAUCUUCUGUGAGAACAAGACGUGUAGGUACACUCUUAUAGUCUCAUCCACAUUCCACAAGGGUUCCACGUCCUGAUUCAGCAUAUCAGCAUCCCGCGCUACGAGGUAGCAACUUGCAAGGGCGGCGGGAGGCUGCCACUGCAAGUUCCGAUGACGCAGUGGCGCAUCCUUGGCGUCCUUGCCGUAGUUCGCUGCGUGGCUCCAAGUGGCUUGGACCAUUCCUCGAGCUGCAUAAAGCUCACAUCCCCUCGU